AUUCUUCUCAAUCGUGAAUUUGCAGAGUGCAGACAUUGUUGAUUGAAGAACGCUAAUCGUUUGUUUUUUUAAUUGUUUGCGUUAAGUUAAAGCUACUUGUUGGGACGUCAAAGCAACGCUUCUUUCGAUUCUGACUUUCAUAUAAAUACUAAACUCCAACUUUUUGAUUUCUCUGCUACUUUUGUUCUUCUCUUUUACUUCCCCAGAUACAUCAAUCGAUCAAUUUGCAAAACAUGUCUGUUGAGUUAUGUUCGGUGAGGCCUUUGUUUGGUGGCGCUAUUUCCACCGUCUUCCCUCAAAGAUUUCAGGAUGUGAGUAAUAUCCGACAAGUUCCAGAUCAUCAGGAAGUGUUUGUGGAUCCUUCAAGAGAUGAGAGUUUGAUUUUUGAGUUGUUGGAUUUCAAGGCUGAGGUUGGUGACAUUGGCAGUGCCUCUUGGUUCCUUAAUGAUCUUGCGAGUGAGCAAGAUGCUGAAGGAUUUCAGUUGAUUGAGCAAUCAGAGGUCAUUGAGGCGCCUGGACUGUCUUUCAGAAACAUCUCUGCUGUUGCGACAACUGCUAUUGGAGAGAUGGCUAUAUCCAAAGGAAGACAGGGAAGAGAAGCACAAAACCUAGUGAGAGUAUAUGUGGCAAAUAUUCGUCUUAAGGGAGUUGAUACAGAUGUCUUAGUGACUGCCUAUGAACCUAUCCUGAUAAAUCCUCUGAGCGAAAGCGCGGAUGCUGUGGGAUCUGGUUUAGCUGUCCCAGCUUCACAAUCUGGAAAAAUGCCAAUGUGUGAUAUCAUUAAACAAUCACUCUCUACAUUCAAAGUCAAUGACUGGAAUCUUUUCGGUUCCUCAGCUUGAGUCUAUGCGAAAUGAGAAGACGAUUCAAGCCCCUGCCAAUUUGGUGUAACCUAAGGCUGCAAGAAGUUUGCUUUGUUAAAGAUUUGUAGUUAUUCUUUUGGUCCUGUUAGGUUUAGUAGUUGGAACUUUCUCAACAUGAUCUUAUUUCCAUUAUGUAAAAUGCCAUUUGGCCUUUAUCUUAAUUGCAAGACUGCAAUCCACUGUUUCAUUUGUUCAAUAAGUGAAUGAGUCUUGCUAGUUGGUAGGCAACGUUCUCCACUUUCCCAUUUCCUGCCAUUGUAGGAAUCAAUGACUCCAUCUCCUGUUUCAUUUGCUUCCUGUAUUUUGCGUUGUAGGAGUCAAUGGCAUCAUCUUCUGUUACAUUUUAGUGAAUGCAGUUUAGGAGAUAAUAUAGAACAAGUGUGGCUGGAUCAUGAAGUUUUU